AUCACACAGACAAACGGAACAGAGCUGCACCUGCAACAGAAAACUGAGGAAGGAACUGGAGCAGAGGGAGGAAGGAGGAAAGUUCAAGUGUGACGGAGCAGAAAUCCAGUCCAGAAGAGUCCUGUUCAUCUCUGAAAGAAGAUCCAAGCGAGUCUAUCGGGUUUUCCUCCACAACACAGCAGUCUCUGAAACACUGAGAACCAACAUGUCUGCCGGCAGCAACCUGAGAUCUGCAGAUCAGUUCCUGUGCUCCAUCUGUCUGGAUGUGUUCACUGAUCCAGUCAGCACACCAUGUGGACACAACUAUUGUAAAACCUGCAUCACUCAUCACUGGGAUGAUAAUGUUCUCUACAAGUGUCCCAUGUGUCAGGAGACCUUCAACACCAGACCUCAGCUGAAAGUCAACACCUUAUUCAGAGAGAUGGUUUCUGAGUUCAGACGUGAAGCUCAACAGAAAUCCAGCAGCAGCAGCUCAGAGCAACAAGCUGCAGAACCAGGAGGAGUUCCCUGUGACGUCUGCACUGGAACCAGACUGAAGGCCCUGAAGUCCUGCUUGGUGUGUCUGCUGUCCUACUGCGAGACUCACCUGGAGCCUCAUCUCACAAUGUCAGGUCUGAAAAGACAUCAGCUGGUGGAGCCUGUGGAGAACCUGGAGGACAGGAUUUGUACGAAGCACGAUAAACCUCUGGAGCUGUUCUGUAAGACCGACCAGACAUGUGUCUGCAUGCUCUGCCCUGUUUUAGACCACAAGACUCAUGAGUUUGUUCCUCUGAGAGAAGAAUAUGAAGGAAAGAAGGCAGAGCUGCAGAAGACAGACGCUGAGAUUCAGCAGAUGAUCCAGAAGAGACGACUGAAGAUUCAGGAGAUCAGAGAGUCUCUGAAGAUCAGUAACGAUGCUGCAGACAGAGAGAAAGCAGAAGGUGUUCAGGUCUUCACUGAUCUGAAGGAGUCUGUUGAAAGACGUCUGAAGGAGUUCAUGAAGGAGAUGGAAGACAAACAGAAAACUGCAGAGAAACAGGCUGAAGACUUCAUCAAAGAUCUGGAACAGGAAAUCUGUGAGCUGAAGAAGAGGAGCUCUGAGGUGGAGCAGCUCUCACGCUCUGAAGAUCACCUGCACCUCCUCCAAAGAUUCUCAUCCCUGGAAGAUGCUCCUCCCACCAAGAACUGGACAGAGGUCAGAGUCCAUCCACCUUCACAUGAGGAGACUGUGGUGAGAGCUGUGGACCAGCUGGAGAAGAACCUCACAGAAAAGAUCAAGAAGCUGCACGCUGAAGUUGAGCUGAGGAGGAUCCAGCAGUUUGAAGCUGAUGUGACUCUUGAUCCUGAUACAGCAAAUCCCUGGCUCAUCCUGUCUGAUGAUGGAAAACAAGUGUAUCUUGGUGAUGUGGAGAAGAAUCUUCCAGAUAAUCCAGAGAGAUUCUCUCCAUGUCCUUGUGUUUUAGGAAAACAGAGUUUCUCUUCAGGCAGAUUUUACUUUGAGGUUCAGGUUAAAGGAAAGACUGAAUGGACUUUAGGAGUGGCCAGAGAGUCGAUCAACAGGAAGGGAAAAAUCACUCUGAGUCCUCAGAAUGGUUACUGGACUGUUUGGCUGAGAAAUGGAAAUGAGUAUGAAGCUAUUAAUGAUCCUUCAGUCCUUCUCCAUCCCAGUUCUCCUCCUGAGAAGUUGGGGGUGUUUGUGGAUUAUGAGGAGGGUCUGAUCUCCUUUCAUGAUGUAGAUGCUGCAGCACUUCUCUACUCCUUUACUCGCUGCUCCUUCAGGGAGAAACUCCACCCGUUCUUCAGUCCUGAACCCAAUGAUGGAGGUGAAAACUCUGCUCCUCUGAUCAUCUGUCCUGUCAAUCAAGCUGUCUGAUCUUUGAUGUAAUGAAUCUUCCUCAACUCUGAAAGUUCAUUUAAAAUGAUUAAAGAUUCACUCUGAUUGAUGGAAACAAAUGCUAUAGUUCCCUCCAAAGUUCCUUCAUUCUCAUUAAAGUGAUCAUUUUGUUUGACCAUAUCAUUGGCGUAUCUAGCUUCUUUUUAGGGGAGCUACAGCACUGAACCCUAAAAUGUAAGAGAUUUUAAAUUUUUUGUUGUAUGUUUAAUAAGCUAAGGAAAUGUCAAAACCUUAUACAGUAUAUGGUUUAAAUGUAAUAUUUUAAUAACAAAGUACAGCAGCACCCAACCUGCUCCGAAAAUGGUGUGUGUGUGUGUGUGUUAGUGUGUGUGUGUGUGUAGACAGACAGAAGGCCUUAUCAUGGACGUACAGAGGUUUUUUAGAAAAAAAGAUCCAGGUUCAGGUAGGAGUGUAUGAUCA